CUGAGUAUCCCAGGAGGCUGAUCGUACAGAGACCUCUGGUGCCUGACCCCAGUUCGCAUCCACAACCCCAGAAUAGCCCAUCACAGGCCCUUCACCUUGGCAGGUGGAUACCAUUCAACCUGCCCGGGCAGGAUGGACGUGGAGGAUGCGGAUAGUUGGUGGGUGAAGGCGCGAGAGGACAUCAUCAGAAAAUAUGCAAAGGGGCACCGAGCGGGGCUGCCAGAGGACAAGGGGCCUGUGAUUGUUGGGAUCUACGGCAACAUCGACGACUUUGGGAUUGUUCAUGAGACGAAGCUGCCUCCUCUGACUGCGCGGGAGGCAAAGCGAAUUCGGCGGGAGACAAGGAGAAACAGCAAGUGGCUGGAGAUGCUGGGCAAAUGGGAGAUGUACAAGAACAGCGAAAAGCUCGUAGAUCGCACAUACAAGGGGAUUCCCAGGAACAUCCGGGGCCAGGCAUGGUCAGUCCUCCUGAACAUUCAGGAAAUCAAAUCAAAAAACCCCGGCAAAUACAAGCUCAUGAAGGAGAAGGGCAAGAGGUCAUCUGAAUACAUCCAUCAGAUCGACUGGGAUGUUAGCAGGACUCUCCAGAACCAUGUCUGCUUCUGGCAUCGAUAUGGAGCCAAGCAGCGGGAACUCUUCUACAUACUCCUGGCAUAUGCGGAGUAUAACCCGGAGGUGGGCUACCACAUGAACCUGAGCUGCAUCGCCGCCUUGUUCCUCCUGUAUCUGCCUGAGGAGGACGCAUUCUGGGCACUGGUGCAGCUGCUGGCCAGUGAGAGGCACUCCCUGCAGGGAUUCCACAGCCCAAAUGGCGGGACAGUCCAGGGGCUCCAAGACCAUCGGGAGCAUGUGGUACCCACGUCACAACCCAAGACCAUGUGGCAUCUGGACCAGGACAUAGACGCUGGUCUAUGCGGGCAGCAUCUCUUGUUAGGCUGGAUUCUCCGGACGUUAAUGAAGAUCUCUCUCGGGCUGACCCUGCGCCUGUGGGACGUUUACCUGCUACAAGGAAAACAGGCAUUGAUGCACAUGACCAGCAUUGCGUUGGAGGUGCGGCAGAAGCACCUCAAGGAGACCUCCAGUUCUGGCCUGUGUGCUUGCUUUCGGAGCCGGUUGUGCUGUCACUGGGCCAGGGAUGAUGACACGGUGCUCAAGCACCUCAGGGCCUCUGUGAACAAACGAGCGAGGAAGCAAGCGGACCUGCCACCCCCAGCCAAAGCCGAGCAAGGGUCCUCGGCACCCGGGCCUGUGCCGGCUUCACGUGGCGGGAAGACCUUCUGCAAGGGGGACAGGCAGGCCCCUCCAGGCCCACCAGCCCGGUUCCAGCGGCCCAUUUGGUCAGCUUCCCCGCCACAGGCACCUCAUUCUUCCACACCCGGUCCUGGUGGGGCUGUCCGGGAAGACACCUACCCUGUGGGCACUCGGGGUGUGCCCAGCCCGGCCCUGGCUCAGGGAGGACCUCAGGGUUCCUGGAGAUUCCUGCAGUGGAACUCCAUGCCCCGUCUCCCGACGGACCUGGAUGUAGGGGGCCCUUGGUUCCCCCAUUAUGAUUUCGAACAGAGCUGCUGGGUCCGUGCCAUAUCCCAGGAGGACCAGCUGGCCACCUGCUGGCAGGCUGAACAUUCUGCCGAGAGAGUGAGAUUGGUUUUCGUGGAACUGGACAAUGUGGGCAUGGACUUCCGGGCCCUGCAGUGUACCCAGCACUGAUUCCAACCAGGACACCUCCUUCGCAGCUAGGGAAGAGGAGCAGUGCACUCCCACCUCAGGACCUUAUUAUUUAGUUAAUAGGAUUGUACUCAUGUUACAUUUCUCAAUUUUUUUAAGAGAUAAAGUCUCAUGCUGUCACUGAGGCUGGAGUGCAGUGGUGCAAUCAUGGCUCACUGCUUCCUGGAACUCAUGGGCUCCAGCAAUCCUCCUGCCUCAGCCUCCUGACUAAGUGGGACUAUAGGCACACGCCACCGUGCCUGGCUAAUUUCUUUGACUUUUCUCUAGAGACUGGGUCCACCCACGUUUCCCAGGCUGGUCUCAGACUUCUAGACUCAAGUGAAGCUGAACCUCCCGCCUCGACCUCUCAAAUUGCUGGGAUUACAGGUGUGAGCCACCACACCCGGCCUAAAUUUCUUACGUGCCAUGCUACUACAAAACGUCAUUAUGGGGGCAGCAGGAUGGAAGGUGUAGGAGGAUGCUGUAGUGCCUUUACGAUAUUUCUGUAUAUCUAAAAUCAUUUCAACAGGAAACAUUUAUUUCAAAACGUGAAGGUUUUGACGACACCAUGAGCCUGCCUUUGUACUUUAAACUCAUGGAAGGAGAACCACCUUCACGUUUUGAAAUAAAUGUUUCCUGUUGAAAUGAUUUUAGAUAUACAGAAAUAUUGUAAAGGCACUACAGUGUCCUCCUACACCUUCCAUCCAACCUCCCCUCAUAAUGACGUUUUGUAGUAGCAUGGCACAUAAGAAAUUUAGGCCGGGUGUGGUGGCUCACACCCGUAAUCCCGGCAAUUUGAGAGGUCGAGGUGGGAGGUUCAGGUUUACUUGAGUCUAGAAGUCUGAGACCAGCCUGGGAAACAUAGGUGGACCCAGUCUCUAGAGAAAAGUCAAAGAAAUUAGCCAGGCAUGGUGGCGUGUGCCUAUAGUCCCACCUAGUCAGGAGGCUGAGGCAGGAGGAUUGCUGGAGCCCAUGAGUUCCAGGAAGCAGUGAGCCAUGAUUGCACCACUGCACUCCAGCCUCAGUGACAGAGUGAGACUUUAUCUCUUAAAAAAAGAUUAAGAAGGGGGUACAAUCAUAUUAACUAAAUCCUAUUAACUAAAUAAUAAUGUGAACUACUAUCUAAGGUUAUGAAGAUUAGAAUUAUCCCAUUUUUGCCUAACUUCUCAUACCUGUCCUAAGAUCCCACCUGAGACUCACUCUCUGCCUUCAGCUCAUGUCUCUUCAGCUUCCUCCACAUGGUCCAGCAAACACACACCUGAUGAGCGAUUGCUCAUACACAAGGAUAGACCUGUGGGCAGCGAUUUUCAAAUUUAUACAGUAAAUGAAUUUUCCAUGGUGUUCCGGAGAGCACUCUUUGAGAGACACUUUGACAGUGGAUCUAGGCCUCAAUAUCCAUCAGCUGCUGUAGCUUGAAUUUUGUUCAAGCUCAGUGAACACCUGCUCUGCCGGGUGCAUGUGAAAGGGGCAAGGAUGAGUAAGCUGCAGAUAAAGAAGACAGGACACAGAGGGUCUGUCUAAGCUCUAUCCCCUGCCUUCAGCACUGACGGAUCCAAUCCAACUCUUAGGCAAUGGUGGCCACGUGCUGGGCCAGCCCCGGGCUCUGAGGAUCUGACAGUGAGUGACGCAGAGCCAGGCCUUGCCCGUGGGGAGCUCUCCAGCAUACAUCUCCCUCUCCCCUCCCAGCGCCCUGCAAAGCAGGCGUCAAUGCCAUUGUUAAUGCACAGAGGAGGAACCUGACUGUUAGAAUAGAUAGUAAAUCCAUUUAAUAGUAAUCAUAUUGUCCAGAAAGAAUGAGGCAUAUUUAUGUGACAUGGGAAGAUCCACAACUAAUGUUAAAUGGUAAAAGAUAUAAAAUGUUAUGCCCAAUAAAAUACUUUCUGUGAGAGAAUAUAUGUUAAUUUAUGCAAGUGGCAUCAAUGCCAUUGUUAAUGCACAGAGGAGGAACCUGACUGUUAGAAUAGAUAGUAAAUCCAUUUAAUAGUAAUCAUAUCCAAAAAGAAUGAGGCAUAUUUAUGUGACAUGGGAAGAUCCACAACUAAUGUUAAAUGGUAAAAGAUACAAAAUGUUAUGCCCAAUAAAAUACUUUCUGUGAGAGAAUAUAUGUUAAUUUAUGCAAGUGGCGCCAAUGUGGAGGGUUUAUGCUAAUUUCAUUAUACCUCACAGACAGAGCUGGGCUCUCCCACUCAUUAUCUGUGUGGCCUAGGGUAAGUCAUUUAACUGCUGUAAGCCUCAGCUUCUUCAUCUGUCAGGCAGUGAUACUCUGACUACUCUGCAGGGUAACUCUUGAGAUUUAAGCGUGAUCAUCUCAGAAUAUGCCUGGCAAACAGUAGGAGCUCAGAACUUGAUGUUUUUUUCCUACAGCAACUGCUGUAGGGGAUAGCAGCUAAUGCAAGAGGUUGGUAAAUCCUUAUAUAUAUCAAAUAUUGUAGAAACAUAACUACAUGCUCCUAUUUUUUCAAACCCUCCCCUCACCCUUUUUUUUCCCCUGAGACAGAGUCUCGCUCUGUUGCCCAGGCUGGAGUGCAGUGGCGCCAUCUCGGCUUGGCUCACUGCAACCUCUGACUCCUGGGUUCAAGCGAUUCUUGUGCCUUAGUCUCCCAAGUAGCUGGGAUUACAGGCAUGUGCCACCGGGCCCAGGCAAUUUUUUUGGUAUUUUUAAUAGAGACGGGGUU